CCCAAAACCCUCACACCCCCCCCGAGGACCGGCCAGACCCGGAUGGUGGCGAAAAUGAUCAUCGAAAACUUCGAGGCGCUCAAGUCGUGGCUCAGCAAGACCCUGGAGCCCAUCUGUGAUGCAGAUCCAUCAGCCCUAGCUAAAUAUGUUCUUGCUUUGGUAAAGAAGGAUAAAAGUGAGAAAGAACUGAAGGCACUGUGCAUUGAUCAACUGGAUGUAUUUCUUCAGAAGGAGACCCAGAUAUUUGUAGAAAAACUCUUUGAUGCUGUGAAUACGAAAAGCUAUUUACCUUCACCAGAGCAGCCAACGUCAGGAAGCUUAAAGGUAGAAUUUUUUCAACACCAAGAAAAAGAUUUAAAAAAAGAAGAGAUCACGAAGGAAGAGGAGCGAGAAAAGAAGUUUUCUAGAAGAUUAAAUCAUAGUCCUCCACCAUCAAGCUCCCGGUACAGAGAAAAUAGGAGCCGCGACGAAAGGAAAAAAGAUGAGCGUUCUCGCAAGAGAGACUAUGACCGCAACCCUCCCAGAAGAGACUCCUACAGAGAUCGGUACAACAGGCGACGCGGGCGGAGCCGGAGUUACAGCAGGAGUCGAAGUCGAAGUUGGAGUAAAGAAAGACUGCGAGACAGGGAUAGAGACAGGAGCAGGACCAGAAGCAGAAGCAGAACGCGGAGCAGGGAAAGAGAUCUGGGAAAGCCAAAAUACGACCUGGACAGAGCAGACCCGUUAGAGAACAACUACCCUCCGGUUUCUUCCGUAACGAACAUUUCAUCCGGCCAUUACCCCGUUCCAACUUUGAGUAGCACCAUCACGGUCAUCGCUCCUACUCAUCACGGAAACAACACUACUGAAAGCUGGUCUGAAUUUCACGAAGACCAGGUGGACCACAACGCUUACGCACGGCCACCUAUGCCAAAGAAACGCUGCAGAGACUACGAUGAAAAGGGUUUCUGUAUGCGAGGAGACAUGUGCCCCUUCGAUCACGGAAGUGACCCCGUCGUCGUAGAAGAUGUGAAUCUUCCAGGAAUGCUGCCUUUCCCGGCCCAGCCCCCCGUCGUUGAAGGACCCCCUCCUCCGGGACUUCCCCCUCCUCCUCCUCCUAUUCUGACGCCUCCGCCUGUGAACCUUCGACCACCAGUACCCCCUCCAGGACCACUGCCACCGAGCCUUCCACCCGUCACAGAUACGUGCCCAAGUAGUACGAGGUGGCGAAUGGAAGGAAAUAUGCAUAUGCCCCAAGCAGGACCACCUCCCCCACUGCCACCAUUGCAACCAGCCGGCAUGGACGCCCCUCCAAACUCCGCAACCAGUUCCGUUCCUACUGUGGUAACGACGGGAAUGCAUCACCAGCCGCCUCCCGCCCCACCCUCCCUCUUUAACACAGUUUUUGUAUUACCAGAUACAUACGACACAGACGGGUAUAAUCCCGAAGCUCCCAGCAUCACAAACACUUCCAGACCGAUGUAUCGACACAGAGUGCAUGCCCAAAGGCCCAAUUUGAUAGGCCUCACAUCUGGAGACAUGGAUCUGCCUCCCAGAGAAAAACCUCCCAAUAAAAGCAGUAUGAGGAUCGUGGUGGAUUCAGAGUCGAGGAAAAGGACCAUUGGAGCAGGGGAAACUGGAGUUCCUCCAAAGAAGACUUGGUUCGACAAGCCAAACUUCAACAGAACAAACAGCCCGGGUUUUCAGAAGAAAGUGCAGUUUGGAAAUGAAAACACCAAGCUCGAGCUGAGGAAGAUUCCUCCAGAGUUAAAUAAUAUCAGCAAACUUAACGAGCACUUCAGCCGGUUUGGAACCUUGGUCAAUUUACAGGUUGCCUACCACGGAGAUCCCGAAGGUGCCCUUAUCCAAUUCGCAACGUAUGACGAAGCAAAGAAAGCAAUAUCAAGUACAGAAGCAGUAUUAAACAACCGUUUCAUUAAAGUCUAUUGGCACCGAGAAGGCGUCACUCAGCAGUUGCCGACUGCUACCCAAAAAGUAAUUCAGCCUUUGGUUCAGCAACCCAGUUUACCUGUUGUGAAGCAGUCAGUCAAAGAGAGGUUAGGCCCCGUACCGACAAGUAACAUCGAACCCGCCGAAGCUCAAAGUGCGAGUCCAGAUGCUCCUCAGAGUGUAACUAAACUAUCUGUGAAGGACAGGUUGGGUUUUGUAGCAAAGCCAUCUCUUUCAGCAACUGAAAAGGUACUCUCCACUUCUACCGGCCUAACCAAAACGGUGUAUAAUCCGGCUGCCCUGAAGGCUGCGCAGAAAUCCCUGCCGACAGUUUCCACCUCUGCAUUAGACAACAGUGAAGCACAGAAAAAAAAACAGGAAGCACUAAAACUUCAACAGGAUGUGAGAAAAAAGAAGCAGGAGAUUUUGGAAAAGCACAUCGAAACUCAGAAGAUGUUAAUUUCAAAGCUGGAGAAAAACAAAGCCAUGAAGUCAGAAGAUAAAGCCGAAAUAAUGAAAACUUUGGAGGCUCUGACCAAUAGCAUCACUAAGUUAAAAGAUGAAUUGAAAGCUGUUUCUCCCGGAGGUUCCCUUCCCAAAAGUGUGAAAACCAAGACUCAGAUGCAGAAAGAAUUACUGGAUACAGAGCUGGAUUUGUACAAGAAGAUGCAGGCUGGCGAAGAGGUCACCGAACUUAGAAGAAAGUACACAGAAUUGCAACUUGAAGCUGCUAAGCGAGGGAUCCUUUCCUCCGGUCGUGGUCGAGGAAUCCACGCAAGAGGACGGGGCGCGGUCCGCGGCAGAGGCCGAGGGCGAGGAAGGGGAAGAGGAGUUCCCGGUCACGCCGUGGUGGAUCAUCGCCCGAGAGCUCUGGAGAUCUCGGCCUUUACAGAAAGUGAUAGAGAGGACCUUCUUCCCCAUUUUGCGCAAUAUGGGGAAAUUGAAGAUUGUCAGAUUGAUGACUCUUCUCUUCACGCAGUAAUUACAUUCAAGACCAGGGCAGAAGCCGAAGCUGCUGCAAUUCACGGAGCUCGUUUCAAAGGCCAAGAUCUGAAACUGGCGUGGAAUAAACCCAUGACCAUCAUGUCCGCUAUUGAGUCGGAAGAUGUUGAACCAGAUGAAGAGGAAUUUCAGGAAGAGUCUUUGGUGGACGACUCGCUGCUGCAGGACGACGACGAGGAGGAAGAGGACAACGAGUCUCGGUCCUGGAGAAGAUGAUUUGCCCGAUUAGCGAUCGGCGACUGCCAAGACUCUCCCCGUGUCGCAUUAGUAUUUCCUAAUGUACUUUUGCGGAUUUGUAAAGACGAUUUUUGGUAAAGCGCGAUGAACACGAGUUUCGACGACAGGCUAAAAGAAAAGCAGCCCUUUGGUCUUGUAUUCUGACAGGUUCAUGUUCGAGUUUUAUUUCAGUAAACAGUCGCUAAGGACAUCACACUAGAAACAUAUGCAAGGUUUUUAUUACUUCUGAGCGUUACCGAAUUCUUUGGGUUCUUUGUAAUUUAAUGAAGAGGUCAGAAAGCGAAUGGCCGUUACUUGUUAUAACUUAGAGGAUUUUUUUUGUUUUAUUCCAAAAUACGGAAUGAGUUUGCAUUUAAGAUCUUAAUGAAUGUUGCAAAAAAAAAAAAAAAA